CGAGCUUGAUCAAGUUAAAUAAACUUUGGCACUAAAAAAAGGAUGAGUUUAUUGCUUUCUUUUUUCCGUCUUUUUUCCUUCUUCUUUUUUAAAUAAUCUUUCCAAGAAGAUGACCGUUGACGAGAUCCCUUUGUCCACUCAUGAAGAAGUGGAACAUCACAUCGAAAAUGAUAAUACAGACGGGCUUAUGAACAGUCUGAGCAAAACGGUUGAUGAAAGCUUACAGGGGAAAACAGUCAACGGUGGAAUUCAUACCCCAAGUGCACCGAAACAUUGGUAUCAACGAAAGCUAUUGCGAGGUUGGCUCCAUACCCAUCUUUUUCCUGAGAAUAUCAAAACAGCCAUCGAGAAACGUUACGGAAAUUUCGUUGUCCUCCGCGAGACUGGGGAAUAUCACUACGAAGAGAUGCCCAUAUAUACCCGAAUCGGCAUGCAUCUAUUGUUUGUGGGCCAUUACCGACAAAAAAUGGUUGACAGUCAUUUGAUGCAUAAGCUGUUCCUUCAUGAAUCAAGACGUCAAGGCACUUUUUUCAUAGAUCCAAUCUCGGUUAAGCAGAUCGAGCCUUUUAUUGAUCAUUACAACAUCGAUAUGUCGCAGUAUUGUAUUCAGGACAUCAAUGCUUAUACAAAUUUCAAUGAAUUUUUCACGCGAGCUAUCAAACCUGAAGCAAGACCCAUCGCAGAUGCGGAAAAUCCAGAUGUGUUAAUAUCUGCUGCAGAUUGUCGUCUCAAUGUGUUUCAUACAGUGGAUGCCGCAGCCGAAUUUUGGAUUAAAGGCAAAGAGUUCAAUUUGCCAAAUUUGUUGCAGGACGAAGCGCUGGCGGCGGAGCUGGACGGAGGCUCUUUAGCCAUCUUCAGAUUAGCGCCUCAAGAUUAUCACCGAUGGCAUAGCUUGACACGUGGUACAAUCGAAAGCAUCAAAGAUAUUCAAGGCACUUACUUUACAGUGAAUCCAUGCACCAUUAAUGAAAAUCUAAACGUGUUCACGGAAAAUCGUCGUAUGGUCAUGACGCUAAAGAGUCACAAGGGUUUCCGAUAUGCUGUUGUUCCCAUUGGCGCCUUGCUCGUCGGAUCGAUUGUAUUGACCCAUGCAAAUGAAGUUGGCAACGAUCUUGAGAAAGGCGAAGAAAUGGGCUAUUUCCAAUACGGCGGAUCCACUGUGAUUGCCGUCUUCCCCAAAGACGUGGUGGCAUGGGAUAAGGAUCUUUUACAGAAUUCCGAAAAUUCCGUUGAAACUAAAGUGAAUAUGGGCGAACGCAUUGGCGUGUUUCAGUAGUUUCAGGCUGGUGCAGCAUUUUUAUCUCCAAAAGAACAUAUCAAUAAAGAAGAAAGCAGAGCCAUAGAGUUAUAUUAUCGUA